CAAUCACAUUCGAUCUCCUCUCCUCGGCUCUCGACCAAUCAGAUUCGAGGACUGGCGCGGGGACACCAUGGCGGGCACGAAGCAAGAGACCAAAAACUCCAUCACUUUGAAAGGCUCUGCGCAAUUAGUUUCUGAGUUUUUCUAUUUUGGGAUCAACAGUAUCUUGUACCAGCGUGGUAUCUACCCCCCAGAGUCUUUCACAUUCCAGCAGCAGUAUGGCCUCACUCUUCUCACCACAACAGAUGAAGGAGUGAAGGAAUACUUGAAUAAUGUCUUGGCUCAGAUUAAAGACUGGCUAGAGCAAGGAAACAUUCAGCGACUCGUACUUGCUGUGAGCAAUGUCGAUACCCAGCAAGUUUUGGAGCGAUGGGAUUUUGAUAUCCAGCAUGAACCUGGAUUUGGCCCUCAGUCUAUUAAAGAGGCUAAAGUUGGCUCAAAAGACCUGAAAGUGAUCCAGAAAGAGAUGCGAGAUGUUAUUCGUCAAAUCACUGCCUCUGUGACCUUUUUACCUUUACUUGACUGUGUUUGUUCCUUCGAUUUGUUAGUUUACACACACCAGAAUGCAGAGGUCCCAGAGAAGUGGGCAGAGUCGGCUCCUUGUUUCAUUACAAACUCUCAAGAAGUCCGGCUGAAGUCCUUCUCUACAUCUGUCCACAAAGUUGAAGCAUGUGUGAGCUACAAGGUGGACCUCUGAUUGUUGCACUUGCAGCUUCUUGUGUCCACAUCCUUUUAGUGUUAAACCAAAUCUUCAGAUAGGUUAGGUUUUUAGGCAUAAUAAUGCCUCACAUUAUUGGAAGUUCCUCUUUAGAUCUUGCAUUGUAGCAUUAAAGGAUAGAUUCUCUUUUUACUAAAAUCAGUAAUCACUCAUUCUGUAACUGUCAUCCUGUACCUUAGUAACUUUUCAGGAAUUGAAAGAAUUCAAUCUUUAGUGAUGGUUGGUAACAGAAUAUUCAUAAAAUUUCAUUGAAAUUUUUGAGGUAAAGAACCUCUGCUGUAAGUUUUUUAUGUAGAUACUCAAGGAUCAGUUCAAGGAAAGAAAGAUUUUUUCAGUAAGUUGAUCCUAGAUUGAUAAGAAGCUCUUGUCUAUUUAUUUUAGAAAAAAAAGCUUUACAUAUGCUCAGUAGAUAAGGCUUACUUUGUAGAAACACAUAAAGUAACGCUUGAUUUUUUUCUUUCUUAUCAGUUCUGUCUUUCUUGUGUGUGAUAGUCACGGUUUGUAAUGUAAGUUCUCUUCAAGGAGUCUAUUAUUUCCAAAAAUAAUGUAGUAAUAAUUACUUAAGAAAAGUAUUCUGGUGCUCUUCAUAGUAAUUAGAUGUGUAAGUGAAUGACUGGAUCUCGAUUCUCAUCCUUUUAUAACAUUAAACAAGUUAUAUAUGGAGUAAUUGAUUAUAUUUGGACGGCAGUUUUCUCCUUCAAUGUGCUCGUCAGUGAAAUGCAUCAGAGUUCAUUCUUUAUUUUGUAUUAGCAGUCAUAGAUGCUGUAGAUAUUAUGUAUCAGGGAAGGCCCAUUCCAACUUGAUGGAGUAUGGCUCGAAUGUGAGGGUUUUAGAUUACAUUUCUUCUUUCUUGGUCUAGAAUCUGGUUGUUUGUAAGAGUAUUUGUGUCAAGUUAGCCUCCUAUUCAAACUUUUAGUGAAACAUGGUGAAAUGUUAAAUUUGGCAAGAAAGCUUAAUUUUGUAUUUUACAAGUAUAUUGUUUAUAUAUUGGCAUUGUUUUAAGACUUUUAUAUAAAGUUCUGUAACUAA